CACACUCAUGAGUUCUUGAUGCAGUGAUGGUGGACACGUUUUGUUAAUCUGGGAAUGCAAAGAGAGAAAAUUUGGCAACACGUGGCUGUCACUUGUCUGAUUCUCCCCACCACCAUAUAUAUUACAUUUACACCACUCCAUUAACAAUCAUUAGUUUUGUUAAUUACUAUACUGUUGUCAAUGCCUUUCUUGCUUUCCUCUUCAGUGACAGAAAAAAACUGCACACACACACACACACACAUUCAUUCACUCACUCACAGAACUUGCACUGAAAUGGGAUUUUAACUUGUGGGUUGUGACUAAUUUAGUGUGUACAACUGUGUGUGUGUGUGUGUGUGAUUUCUUGAUUUUUUUUUUUUUCUAAUUUGAAUUUUAGUGGUUUCUGGAUAUUUAUUGAAAUGGGGGGUGAAUCUCUAGACUGGUUACCUGUUGGUUGGAGAGUUAGUGUGAAAGUUCGAAAUUCUGGAAAAAAAGACAAGUAUUACGUCAACCCCUCAAACGGCCGCAGAUUCAACUCAAAGCCAGAGGUUCUUCGCUACGUCAAAAGCUCCGUAAAAAAUCCCAACCCUAAGGAGCCGAGUAAGAUCAAGAUUGAAAAAACUGUGACAGAAAAUUUACCACCGGGAUGGAUUAAGGAAAUUAGAACAAAAAAGAAGGGCGGUCGGACUAGGAGAGACCCGUGUUACAUCGACCCUGUAAGUGGACGUCAUUUUCGCUCCAUGCAAGAAGUUUUUCGCUACCUCGAAUCAAAGGAUGUGAGAAAAGCCGAGUCCAAGCCCGAUAAAAAAUGCCACAUCAGCGUCGAGCUGGCAGGUCAUUCUCAAUCUGUGGAAGUUGAUAAAUUACCCCGUAGAAGCUCAAAAAGACUUGCUCGUGUGGAAGUCGAUAAAUUAGAAACUGAAAUUCCAACCAAUAAGAAGCAGAAAAAACCCAUUACUACCGAAGAACCGAAAAAUCCCGACACUUGUGUGGAUGAUCUAUUGACAGAUCCGUGCAUUGAAUUUGCAGUCAAAACUCUGACCGGUACAAUUCCUGUCGAAGAAGAUGUGAAGAAAGUUGGUGAGAGUUCGACAGUUUCUUCUAUAUGGGCUGAUCCUUGUUUCGAAUUUGCUGUAAAGACGCUCACUGGGGAUAUCCCGUUGGAAGAUGCUUCGAAAUUUCGAGCUUCAUUACAGCAAACUGUAGAUAUGGUGAUGAAAGGCGAAUAGACGAGGAAUUUUGAUGUAAGAAGUGUAGUUUUGCAUGUAAAAUGAAUGAGCUGGUCUGUAAAGCUGUUUGUGUGUAGAGAAGUUGUUGUGUAAUGAACCUUCUUUCCGAUCCGUUUUUAAUUUCCGAAAAUUCCCUUCUUUUUCCCCAAAAAAUAUCGUUAUAGGUUAAAAAAGGAGUAGAAAUUUUGAAUCACGUCACAUUUGAUCUGAGAAUUUCCGGUUUUGAAAGAGGAAUCAUUUCAGUUUUUUUGUAUUUUUGGUUUUUUACAUUUUUGAAAUGUUUUGGAACGGAAU